UUCUUUCUCUCUCUCUCUCUCUCUCUCUCUCUUCAUGUCCAUUGACGCAUAUUCACAGAUGGGAGGUGAAUCGUGGUGUUUAAUGGUACAAACUUGCUUUUUGGUGGAGUGAGAAAGAACCUGAUGCCCUCUUGAUGUGCUGAUGGAUGAAGAUUCCAGUGGGGCUGUUUGAUUUUACACUUACAGCUUCGUGUUGACGGCUUUGUGGUGGGGUUUGGAGUGUAAGGAGAGAGAGAGUAAAGAGAGUUAAAAAAAAAAGAGCGGAAGGCCAAUUGUUGUUAUAUAUGCUGAAGUCUAAGUUAAAGAUAAGGCCCAGUGGUAGAGAUAGUAAUAGAGCUUGUGACUGUUGGAAAAACAGCACAAGAAGUGAGAAGCUUUUCUUCAGAUGUUAUCCAUUGAAAACUCUCCACCAGAUCCCUCGUGCUCUUGCGAUAUUCCCCAGCUCAAAACUGGCAGUCAUGAGAGGGCUUCUCAUAAGCUUGCCUUGCCAGAGGUAGAUCUGUCCAACCCAACCCAAUUUGGUAACACCCCACUUCCCGACUUCUCUAUAAGAGAUUAUGUUUUCACUGCCCGGAGCAAGGAUAUCAAGACGAAUUGGCCGUUUUCUUUGAAAAAUCUGCAACUUUGCUUGAAACAUGGCGUGAAGGAUGUGUUGCCACCCUUUCAGUCUCUUGAUAAACUGAGGAGCCAACCCUUUGAGAGAUGUACGGCUGAAAGUAGUACACUUGAGAACAAGAACUUGAGCAAUUCUGAUGGAGAGCCUUCGAGGCCUAAUGAUCAUGCAGAACUAGACUUUUCUGAAAAUGCCCAAUUGAACCAGAAGCCAGAAGAAGCUUGCAUAGGGACAAUUUCAUGUAGGUCUCAAGGGGAAAAUGAUUUCCCAUCCACAACGACAAGUGUUUCUCAAUCUGAUAUAGAGUCACUUCCCACUAACAAGCGCUCACCCUUAGUCGACACUGAUACUUUGCCUGAAGUUGAAGCUGCAGGUGUUGCUCCGGCCCACAAGACUGAGAGCACUAGUCGACCGAGUAAAAAGUGCAGAUUGGUUGUGAAAUUUGGUGCCAACUCUGACCGUUGCUCGACUGAAGAUAUCGCUUCAAAUUGUACUUCCCUAUCAGAAUUGACAAUGGCUUCAAAGACAUGCCCUGUUUGCAAAACUUUCUCAUCGUCUUCGAACACCACCUUGAAUGCUCACAUUGAUCAGUGCCUUUCUGUGGAGUCAGCUCCCAAGUGGAUGACUGAUUCUAAACUAAGCAGGCAUAGAAUUAAGCCAAGGAAGACAAAAUUAAUGGUGGAUAUCUACACUACAGCAGCAAGGUGCACGUUAGAAGAGCUUGAUAGAAGAAAUGGUACGAACUGGGCCUCAAUUUCAAACUUGCCUACUCGGGAUAGUGACAACUCUGAGAUGCCCGAUGAAGGGAUAAAGCAAAGAAUGUCCCCGGUUCAUACUGCCGAGACUGGUGAUGUUGGUGCAGUCUAUAUUGAUGCCAAUGGGACCAAACUUCGGAUUUUAUCCAAGUUUAAUGAUCAAGCACCAUCCGUGACUCAAGUGGGCGAGGAUCUUGGCACAAGGAAACCUUUGAAAGGAGGUAAAGGAAGCAAAUUCCUUCCAACCAAAAAGAAAAAGCGCCGUGCACACAAGCAUCAUAAGUAUCUUAAAAUUGCUCCUCAAAGCAAAAAUUUUGUGUCUCACAAGGCGCAUUCUUUUCAGAUUUAUGGGGGUCAAGGAGUUCAUCGUGGAGUAGAAGAAAGGUGCGAGAAGAACGAACAUCAACUAAAGAAGCAAGUUAAACCAAGUGAUUCUGGAAAUCUAAGACAUUGGGUGUGCUCCAAAAGAACUGGAGUUGCAAAAAAAGUUAAUAGAAAAGAUGAUCAUCAACCUCAAAUUGAAAGUGAUCAAUUUUGUUUUGGUGAUUCUCCUGUGGAGAGAAGUCAGGUUUCAAAAGUUACAAAUGUGUCUCAGAACCCAAUAUCUUCUCCCGAAAACAGUGAGACAAUGAAGAAUCCAUUUUGUGAAGCCCGAGCUAGUGACAAGAGGGAGCGAUCUCCUGGGAGAAAAAGAGUGGGAAGUCCCUUGUUUGGAGGCAGGAGCUGUGACAAUGCAGAGAGGUCCCUUCCAAUGAAGAGAAAUGUCAGUCAGUUGAGCCAAGACAGUGAUUCUGUUUGUGAUGGAAAUUGUGUAUCUUUGUUGAGCAGUAAGCUGGAUGAUGUUGCUGCAGGAACAAAUCAUAAUUCUUAUAUUCUUCCCAGUUCUAGCACAAAUCCAUCUAGGAGCUGUCAUUCCUUAACAUCAAAAGCCAUGAAAUUCUCUUCAUCAAGGAAAAAUGUGUUGGCUGCCAGAAGUGGAUCACCUAUGUCUGAGUCCAGAGCGGAUGUGAUCAAGAUGUGUUCAGCCCUUAAGACUUCCCAAGUGCAUUUAAUGGCAGAAACAGAUGGCGAAGCAAUGGCCUGGUGUUCUGAAGCUGAUCAGCAAUAUGAUUUGAUGCACAAUCAUAUUGCAAAUCAGUCUGGAAGAGAAGAGAUAUCUAACAAGGUGUCUCUUGGCAGUAGCACUGUACUUAAAAUGAAACAAGGUAGAGGAGCAAUAAAUACGUCUCAAAGGGUGGAAGCUAUGGUUUUGAAGAGUUCACCGCUAGCUCGUCAAAGUUAUGGACAUGAUGAGGGUGAAAACAUGGAUUCUGCUGGAGUUGGUGAUGAUUUUCUGGACAAAGUUGGUGGCCCAGAAUCUGCUAGAAAAGAGGUUUGGUUCCACAGAGAGGUUGUCAUUGAACCAGCUUCCAAAGAAGCUGUUGGGGAGGCUGUUGCAAGCUUGUGUCAAUCUGUAGCUCCUGAACUACAACACAAGCUGGGCAAUUGUGCUGUGACACGUUUGAACUCUGUACGAUCUAUUGAAGAUUAUCAAGGGCCUUCAUGUGGAGCUGAAGCACCUGUAGAUCCAACUGAGGCAAGUUUUGUCAAUGGACAAGAGGUAUAUUGUGCUGAUGAAGUGGGCAAUGACUUGAUUGGGCAAAGUGCUCAUAUUGGGGAAGAAAUGGAUUCUGAAAUUGGGCAGGCCAACUUUUUCCCAGAGGUAGAUCCAAUUCCCAUUCCAGGGCCACCGGGAUCAUUUUUACCAAGUCCUGGGGAUAUGAGCUCAGAAGAUCUCCAAGGGAGCUCAUCAUUGACCACAAGCCGGGUUCAAUCUUCUCAAGAUCAGCAUGAUUUCAUUGAAGGGGAUUCAUCAGAUUCUCCUAUUUCCACAACGUCAACUAUCUCUAAUUCCACAUUGACCGGAUAUGAUCGGAAGUAUUCCGAACCAUUAUCAUCUGCAGGACCUCAAUCAUUUCAAGACAAGUUGAGGUCAGGCUUCUCUGGUGCUAGUGUUGAGCCUUCAGCAGAAAGUGAUGCUGCAGUUCCACGAACAACUAGUACUGUAGUAGAAAGGCUUGAUUUUGAUGGAGAUAAUUGUAAACUUAAUAAAAUCUCUAUUGAAAAGGGGCCUCUAAGUUUCAAAAAUGAUGAGCCAUGCUGUUGCCAAAGAAAGGAGAGAACUGCUCAGGGUGUUGCUUUAAAUUAUCAAGAAUCACAACUACUAAGGCGAAGAGCCAUAGCUUCAGUGACAAUGCCUACCAUGGGAAAGCAAAUGGGUUGCAAUAUCAACACGAGGCCUGGCAAUUUGGAUGCGAGGUCUGAAAUAUUUUCUCUGAGCAGUUGCUCAAGUUCAAAAUCUGAAAAGGCCAUUCCCCCCGUCAUGAAGUCUCCUGCAGGUUCUGUACCUUUGAAGGGUUCCCCAGAUGCUGGAGUGAAGUUUCUGGGGCGUGGUGCUUGUGAUUCUGCUGGUCCAUCUGCUUCUAAUCCAGUUCUCAGGCUGAUGGGAAAGAAUUUGAUGGUGGUCAGCAAAGAUGAUGAUGCACCAAUGCCGCUUGGGCAUGCCCAACCACAUUCCCAAAUCAACCCUCAAACUCCAAGGUUCCCAACAUUUCCUGAAGUCUCUCCGGUAAAUAUUCAAAAUCAGGUCUACCAUUCCUACCAUCAAAUGGUCCCUCAAAUAGGCCAGGAUUCACAUAAUUUGGUGGGGCAUUGUUUUGAUGGAAGGCUGUCAAACAGUUUUAGAAGCCACACUAAUUUGAAGACACCACAAACGCUUGUGCAAGGAUCUGCAGGCUUAUUUCCCGACCAGCAUAAGGAUGGUGGUUUCAUUGCUUUUGAGGAACCUCAUGAGUAUAAAGGUCACUAUAAUGUGCCAACACAACAGAAUAAGUCUAAGAACAGACCAGUUGGAGCAUCCGCAUAUAACAUGGAGAGACUUUUAACAGCUCCUGAAUGCCAGCAGAUGAGUGCCCAUUCUGCUGCCAAUGCCAAUAGAGAAAUUAUCGUCAUCGAUGACAUUCCAGAUGGCGAAUCCAAUUUGACCACUGAUGUUGCAAAUUACAUUGAAGGGUUGAGGGAAAGCCGUGUAGUUGCAUCUGGCAUUUCGAUUCCAGUGGUUCCCAACUAUAACUCAAGGCAUGCGAAUCCUUUCUCUUUUUACCAGUCGCAGGACCCUUCCCGUGGUGAAUUACCAGUGGUGCACAACGCCAGCGUUCAUGCAACCCCCUCCAGAGGAUCAAAUGCAAGCUCUGCCAGAUGGAGUUGUACUUCAGAAGGUUCUAGUGUGCUGCAGCGGAGCCCUUUUUUUGCUGCAUCGCCAUCAAGAGGUCAUCUAAGGUCUACACUGUAUAAUUCUCCAAGCUUGAUGUAGUUGGCAAGUUUUGUUUGCGAUGGGCCAUUUUUGCCUGGGGGCAAAUACCAGGUUUUGCUUCAAACUUUGUAAUGAUAUGGAUGAAAUCUUGAGCUGCUCAUAGAUUACUUGAUGGGCAUGCAGAAACUUUGGGGGAUGAGAAAAAUAAUGGCGGUUGAUCAAAGACGGAACCUGCACAAGUUUAGAUGUUGAAAUCUGAUCAGAUUGUGUUGGUAUAUAUUUUAGUGUACUACUGAUCGUGUUGGUCCAAAAUUAGGCAGCUCUUGAGGCUUCAUGCUUUGGCAAUCUUAAAGCUACCCAGCGAGUAGAAAAUGUAUAAGCAAUCCAUGAAUAAUAGUUGACAAUUAAGGAACCUUGGCUUUGAGUCAACGGAGUUGAGCGUUCCUUCGAGGAAAUGUAUCAUGUCUUUUUAUUUCUUUUGUUAAAUUUUGUUUCGUUCGAGCUACCUUUUCAGGUGUUUUAUUUUGACCUUCUAAUUUUAUAGCAAUACUAUUAUUGGUAUCUUCAAAAUCAA